AUGAACGAAUCUUCUGACGACCCUCCAUUAAUAGACCGCAUUGCUCGCCACCUCCACAUCAGCGUCGAUGCUCACGAAACCUCCCUAGGCCUCAACAGCCACAGUAAUCACGACCGCAAUCCUAGCCUACCCAUAGCAGAUCCCUCUGUUCAAAAAAUUGACUCAACCGACAGCAUUGGUAGCCAACCAAGUUGCCAAUAUGGAUCGAAGGCUACCCUCACGAAGGAAGCAACCUCGGUCUGCCCUCCCGCCUCUACGAAAUCCAGUACAGGCGAUGGAGAAAACUCUGCCUCCAUAGAAACUGUGGAGAAAGGAUCUCUCAUACUUCAAACGUGCCAUACCGUACGCUUGAUAAUUUUGUCAAGCUGGGUCAACUGGGCUCUUCUUUUUGUUCCCGUUGGAAUUACCCUGGGCGUGGUGCACCGUAUCAUGGGCCAUAAGAGCCCUAUCAGUCCAACCGUGGUAUUCUCUAUCAACGCUGUGGCCAUCGUUCCUCUUGCUUCGCUUCUUGGCUUCGCGACUGAGAAUGCUGCGAGAAACUUAAGCGACACAACUGGAGCUCUGUUGAAUGUUACAUUUGGGAAUGCAGUGGAGCUAAUUAUAUUCAUGUAUGUCUUCGGAAGGAAUCUCCAGUUCAUUUUUCACAAUCAUCCCCAGUUCGCCAUUCAUUUUCUCAUCACCCAAAAGACCCUGGCCAUGACACUGACUCUGGUUAACACGCGAACACUAUAUAAUUCAAACAUUACCCAAAUGAGUGCCGCUUUACUCAGUCUCAGUGUCAUGAGCCUUCUCUUACCAAUCCUUCUGCUGGUAUAUGUUUUAUACUUGCUAUUUCAACUGAAAUCUCACGCAUACUUCUAUGAAAGUACCCCUCAACACAAAAUCGACGAAGAAUCGCAUCCAGGAGUCCUGGCCGACAUGUUAAAUUCCUCUAGCUCAUCGGAAUCCAGCUCAUCAAGUGACAGUGAUAGUGACGGAACAACCGGCUCCAAUACACGAGCCUUGCGCAUCAAAAACGCCCUCAAGAAACGGCGGCGCCGUAAACAUAGCCUUAAUUCAAAAGACAUGCGACAAAGUCUCUCAUCCGCUUCUGCAGUCAGCUGUACCGCUUCGUCAAGUUCACAGCCAAUCGCAGUGCCAGCUUUAUUUCAUCCUGAGCAUCAUACACAAUCUACACAGGCAAGUGUGGAACUAGAAGUCAGCAGGGACGAGAGGAAUGUGGAUGAGACAAAUAAUAUUCAUCUCCUUACCCAACCCAUUUCUCGGGAUUUUGCGGGCCUGGAUUCCUCGGUUAACUCCCCCGAAAACGGUCAAAAGACAUCAAGGAAAUGCCACAGUCACAACAAAGGUAAAAACCGAGCGGACGCUGGCGAUGACCUGUUGGCGAAAGCCAGCGAUCAGGUGGAUCAUUCAACAUCCGACUCUACUCCACCUACGCAUGCCAGAAGGCAGGUUAACUUUGUCGCUGAUAUCGCCAAUUUUACCGAGCCAGGAACUACAAGACGACCGUUCACUGUACGCAGCCUGUCUACCCGCCCGGUUCUUCCGCGAGUUUUUACAAACAGGCCACAAUUGCACUCCACACAAUCUACUUCCAUGAGUCCCUCUGGCAGCCAGCGCAGUUCCCAUGACAAUGAAUGUAGUCUGAGGCGUACGAAUUCGCUUCCUGGCCGCUUGCAAAGCCCGCUUAAUCACCAGGUAAUGCCUUCAGCUCAGCCACUUCCACACCUCAUCACCAUGACCCCAUCUCAGAGUCCCAACGGGCUUGAAACCGAGAUUAAAGGAUCGUUUCGCUUGUCCCGCACAGCUUCUAUCACUCUCCUAGUGGUGUCCACUGGCCUCGUUGCGGUCUGCGCAGAGUUGCUCGUCCAUAGCAUCGAAUACCUCGUUGAGAAUACAGGUGUCAGCCAAGCCUUUAUCGGAUUGAUCAUCUUGCCCAUUGUUGGUAAUGCUGCUGAGCACCUAACUGCAGUGACGGUAGCAGGCAAGAACAAAAUGGACCUGGCCAUUGGUGUUGCACUGGGGAGCAGUAUUCAGAUUGCCCUCUUUGUAACUCCCAUAAUUGUGCUUCUAGGAUGGUGCCUUAAUACUGAGAUGUCGCUCUAUUUCAGUCUCUUUGAAACAGUCUCGCUCUUCGCCUCUGCUUUUAUCGUAAACUAUCUCGUUCUGGAUGGCAGGACCAAUUACCUCGAAGGGGCUUUGCUGAUAUCCGCCUAUAUAAUCAUUGCCCUGGCGGCUUUCUUUUAUCCCUCAUGCGAGAAUCUCAGCAUGGCUAGUGGACCACAUGGUGCAAGAGCUUGUUAA